AGGGCGGCGACAAGAGCCCGAGUCUGGCGAUGCCCGAGUUCCUGGCGGAUCCGUCGGUGCUCAACAAGGAGAGGCUGAAGAGCGAGUUGAUCGGCAACAAUGUGAGCCUGCCGGGCGGUGAGCAGCGCAAGGACGUGUAUGUGCAGCUCUACCUUCAGCACCUCACCGCCCGCAACACGCCUGGAGCCCCUUUGCAGCUAGACUUCUCCAGUGACGAGGAGCGGGAGCCUACCCCGGUCGCCGCCAGGAACAGAGGCGGCGGCGGCGCUAUGGUCACCGUGGGCCGGAAAGCAACAAAGAAAACAGACAAACCGAGGCCUGAAGAGCAGGAUGAUAUAGAUGUAACAGAACUCAGUAAUGAGGAACUCAAAGAUCAACUUCUGAGAUAUGGUGUGAAUCCAGGUCCUAUUGUGGCAACUACUACCGCCCAGAGAGCUUCGGCUAUUGGGCGGAAGCUCUAUGAGAAGAAAUUACUGAAGUUGAAAGAACCGGGCCAAGAGCUAAGUUCUUUCAUACCUACACCAACAGUUUCUUCAUCAACACGCAACAGUAAACAGAAUGGAAAUGAUGAGUCUGAUCAAUACAGUGACAACGAAGAAGAUCCUAAAGCAGAAUUCAAACUUGAGAAGCGGGAACCACUGAAGGGUAAAACAAAGGCCCCACUAAUACUCAAGCAAAGAAGAAUUGCUGAACAUAACCAGAACUAUUCUCAUGAUGGAGUUACUGAGACAUUCUGGAGAAGUGGAUCUUCAAAAAGUGGACUUCUGCAGGCAGUUUCUAGGGAAUCUGCAAGAGUAUCCAGAAGGACACCAAGGAAAAGGGUUGAAACUACAGUACCGUUGCCAGUACAUGAUGCAGUAAUAUCACAGAGUACUCCCAUAGCUGAUACUGCAGUGGCUUCAAGCAACAACACCCUACAGGUUGUCAAUAGGGUGCCUGGAAAUGUCAAGCAUGCAGAUCCUAUACUGUCAGUCGGUGACUUCUCAGAGUUGCCCAGAAGAACAUCAAAGAAACCAUUGAUGACAGCAGAAGUGAUAGCGAAAACUUCUGCAGAAGAAAGAAGAGUAGAAAGGGAUAUUCUUAAAGAAAUGUUCCCGUAUGAAGCAUCAACACCUACAGGAAUUAGUGCUAGCUGCCACAGACCAAUCAAGGGAGCUGCUGGUCGACCUAAAGAGCUCAGUGACUUCCGACUGGAGGAAACCUAUUCAUCAAAAUAUAUCCCCAAAUACAUUUCCUCAGCAGAUAUCAAACCAGAGAAACCAACAAUUAAAAUACGCUCCAUUCCUUUGUGGAUAAAAAUCCUGCUUUUCAUUGUUGUCGCAGUCUUCUUAUUUUUGGUCUAUCAAUCUAUGGAAACCAACCAAGGAAAUCCUUUCUCCCAAUUCCAAUUCCGUAAUAUAAGUAGUAACGCAGAAGAAGAGACAGUUUGAGUGGUUUUUUUUUGUAUGGCACACACAACUUGGUCUCCUAUUUUUAACUGUAGAGGUGUCUUCAUCCUUCCUCAUCUGUUCAGAGACUGCAUACAGAUAAUAGCAACAUGAAAAUUUGAAAGUGAAAUAAGACAAUAAAUGGACAUCACUAACCUUUGUCAUAUUUAGGAGAUCACUUUGUGCCAUAAGUAAUAUUUUUAGAUCUCUCUGGAACUUCUUGGAUUUAUUUUUUUUAAUGUGGACAUCAUUAUGUUCAUUUAAGAUUGUAUAUUUGUUUUUUGCAAGCUUGGAAGCUCAAAAUGGGCAAAAGUGAUAGUAAAAUGUGAAGGUGUGUUUAAAUGUUUUUACUUCAUACUAAAAAGAUGCUGUACUGAAAUUUUCUCAACUUUGCUUAUUGUUCCUGGGGAUGGAGGUGGUAAAAUAAUAAAGGAAAAUGCAUUUCUGGAUGCAUUUUGCUGAAACUGUGCAGCUAAGUUUAGUGUAUUGUAGUUUUAAUGGGAAAUCCAGCAUUUUCUGUAGAAUACUGUAACAUCUUAAUAAAGAAACUGUAAACCUAUUGUA